AUGCUAAUAAGCAACGCAUCAGAAUUAUGCUCCAGUAGUCGAAAGGUCUACCAACCCGGAAUUGUCAAUAUGUCCAUACAUCAUUUUACAACAGCGUUUCAUUGUCUCUUACCAUUACUUCUACUAAUUUCCUUAUCUGUCUCAUCUGUGGCCUUUAAUCUAUCCAAUGAGCAGCCAAAAAGCUCAGCUGCUCUUUUCUACCAGAGAAGAUCAAAUCCUGGAAAUAUUUCUCCCGCAUCUUCUUCCACUGUCAUGUCAAAAUCUAGUGAAUCCAUCGGUUCAGGGGGAAUGGGAUUAUCACUAUCCAAUAAAAAUCACAUUUCUCUAGGCCAUUUGACUAAAAAGGAAACCUCCAACCCCUCCCAAGGUUCUGCCUUUGAAAUUGAUUCAACUCAAGCUAGAUCAAUGAGAGUUAUGGGACAGCCGAUCAAUCCUAAUAUUGUCAGCCAACUGCACCCCGAUGUUUCUCCCAGGAAGAUUAGCAAGUUGUGGCGUUUAUUGGGUGGAAAGGACGAUAAAUAUUGGACCUCCGAGGAACCACCAAGAGUUCUUAGACAGAGAGGAGUUUCUGGAAUGAUGUCCGAUGGCGCAACGCAUCCUCCUGGGGCUAAUCCCGUAGAUACCAAUUUGAUUCGAAAGGCCCAAGCUCUUAACAUGACCUUUAGGGACGAAACCGGAGCCCAGUACUUAUUGACUGAUCAUCAAAUUAAAAUUUUCCGAAAUUGGUUGAUUGAAACAGCCACGUGUGAAAUGGAUUUCAUCUGGAAGGAUCUAGGUUCUCUCUACUGGCCUAGGUGGAUCAGAAUGGGUGUUUGUCUAGCACGUCUAGGGUCUUCAUGCUCUUGGCCUCCAGGAAUGAAAUGUCAACCUUCGGGAUCGAGAGUUCUCCGCCUUCUAAACUGGAAUUGUGAAGAUGCUGCUCAAGCAGAAACCUCCUCAAAUUCUGACCAAGCAUUAACAAGAAAAGUGAGAUCUCCCGAACCAUCUCCAAUGAACCUACGGUACCAAUUCCAGGAUAAUCAGAAUGGACGACAGGCUAGACAGAUGUACUCUCAGCAGGCUCCUUCACCAAUGUGGAGAUAUUAUCGUUUAGGUCGUAAAAAGGGACGCCGGGAUGCUUCUUUGCCCUUGGAUCCAGCUCAACAAGAAGAAGGUAGAGCUCGGAAAGCCAAGAGGUUAAUCGAGAAGUUGAGUGUCACGGCUAGUGGCUACCGUUGUUCAUGGCAAGUUCAAAAGUAUCUAAUUAGUGACAAAUGCACAUGUUCUUGUGCGUAA